AUGGCAUCCGCAACAAACACCCGGAACUACAAGUUCAACCAUACCAUGCUCCGCAUCAAGGAUCCCAAGAAGUCGGUCAAAUUCUACGAGUUCCUUGGCAUGAGCGUCAUCAAGAAGCUCGAGUUCCCAGGUAACAAGUUCGACCUCUACUUUCUGGGAUACGACGGCCCCCAAGCCCUCUCCUCCGGCAACUCCGCCUUUGACCGGGAGGGCCUCAUCGAGCUCACGCACAACUACGGAACCGAGGACGACGCCGAAUACAGCAUCAACAAUGGCAACAAGGAGCCCCACCGCGGGUUCGGCCACACGUGCAUCAGCGUCGACAACAUCCAGGCCGCGUGCAAGCGCCUCGAGGAUGCCGGUUACAAGUUCCAGAAGAAGCUGACGGACGGGCGCAUGAAGAGCAUCGCUUUCGCCCUCGACCCGGAUGACUACUGGGUUGAGAUUGUCCCCCAGCGACCUGUCGAGGAGACUGCCGAGAUCAAGGAGACAGAUGUUGGCACAUAUCGCAUGAACCACACCAUGAUUCGCGUCAAGGACAUUGAAAAGUCUCUUCACUUUUACCAGAAUGUCCUGGGCAUGACCCUCGUCCGUACGUCGGAGAACACCGCCGCCGGCUUCAACCUCUACUUCCUCGCCUACGUAGACAAGGAUUCCGCUCCCGCCGACGGAAAGACGGCCCACAUGGAGGGUCUCCUCGAGCUCACGUGGAACUAUGGAACCGAGAAGGACGAGAGUUUCAGGUACCACAAUGGAAACGACGAGCCCCAGGGCUUCGGACAUAUAUGCAUCACCGUCGACAACCUCGACGCCGCGUGCCGGCGUUUCGAGGACCUAGAGUGCAGCUGGAAAAAGAGGCUCACAGACGGCCGCAUGAAGAACGUGGCCUUCUUGCUGGACCCGGACAACUACUGGGUCGAGGUUGUGCAGAAUGAGAGGUUUGCCGGCAAGGAGAACUUUUAA